AUGUCCUCAAUUACUACAGCCGAAAAGACCAAGGAGCAGAAGUUUCAUGAUUACAUCUUGAAUCUACCUCAAGAUAAGGUCGACUCUAUCAGGGGCAAGCCAUUGGAGGUCUUGAAGGUAAUUGACGACUAUGGGGAACGUUUCAUGGAUAUUGGUCGUAAAAAGGGUGAUUUGAUCACCGCUGAGAUCAGACAAAAGACACCAAAAGUUAUGAUUGAGUUGGGCGGGUACUUGGGAUACUCAGCAGUGUUGUUUGCCAAUGAAUUGAUCCAAGACCCAGAAGCCAAGUAUUAUAGUUUCGAAGUCAAUCCAGAGUUUGCCAAAAUUGCUACCGAUGUUAUUCGCUUAGCGGGGUUAUCGAAAAAGAUUGAAAUAAUUGUUGGAAAAGCAGCAUAUACGUUGGUUGACUUUAAGGAGAGACUUAACAAGAAUGCCCAGUUCAAAGCAUUGGAUUUCAUCUUUAUUGACCAUUGGAAAGACUUGUACGUUCCCGAUUUGAGAGAGUUGGAGUCCCUCAACUUUAUCGCACCAGGCACCGUGAUUACUGCCGAUAACAUCUUAUCACCUGGUGUGCCCGAAUAUGCAAAGUAUGUGAGGUUGUCCCCAGAGGAGAAGAAACUAUACAAUGAAAACAACCCAAACCCUAACGGUGAUGAGUAUUUGGGCAGAUGGAAUAUCUUGUACGAAACUGAGACAGUGAAAGUUGAGUAUCCUAGUGGUCGCGUUGAUGCUAUUGAGAUUACCAAGUGUACUGACUAUCUCUCCGGUUAG